AUGGUGACGGUGAAGAUCGGCACCGAGACACUCAGAGGCGUGCUGUAUCAUGUCCAGCAGCAGCCGUCACCAGCUGCGACACCUGAAGCUCCUGAAAGUUCGAGCUUAAGGACAAGGCGAAAGCGGCGGCAGCAGCGCCGCCGCGACCCUGCGCACCCGAAGCCGAACAAGAGCGCCUACAAUUUCUUCUUCGCCAAGAAGCAUUCCAACCUGAAAGCUCUGUACCUUCACAGGGAGAGUCAUGGAGCAAUCUCAACGAAAAGGACAGAAUGGAUUUUGGAAUCAAAGACAAGGAGAGAUACAAGAGAGAAAUGCAGGAACACAAGGAAAGGUUGAAGCUUGCUCCGUUUGAAGAAGGUAAAUGAAUUAAAGCAAUCAUCUUUAUCUUUGCAAUCUCACUAAG